AUGGGAGAGGAGGAAAGCGAGGGUUUUAAACGACAAGGAUACAGGCUCCCCGAAAAAUGCAGAUCGAAAUCUCAACACGAGUUCGACUCCGACCGACAUAACAUCUCAAAGUCAAAGAAUACGAAAAUUUUAGAUUUUCCCAACAAAAGGUGUUCGAGAAUAAAAGGGAAAGCGACGGGGAGGGGUAGGAGGAACAAGGCUAAAAAAAAAGAAAUAUUAUACACGCGAAUCGAAACAAUUUUCCUCCAAAAUUCUCCAUCCAUUAAUUUUACCCAACGAAAAACCCACGUGACUCCUCCUGCUGGAUCAUCGUCAUCAUUCCCCCCCUCUUCUCCUCCUCCUCUUUCUAUCCGUCCAAGAUUUAAACGGGUUUAUAAAAAAUCAUCUCCAAACAACAAGCUCACAAUGUACCUGAACAGUCGAGAUCUUUUUUCGGCAAAUUCAACGAUUGAUCGCCUUCACGGAGUCGUUUACGUCGAUCCAGAGUAUUUGGAAGAGAAAAAGAUAUACGGACAAAUAACGUUAACGUUCAGAUACGGUAGGGAAGACGAAGAAGUCAUGGGUUUGAAAUUUUGUAACGAAGCCAUCAUGUGUCUAUCGCAACUUUAUCCACCCCACGAAAGAGCCAUCGAAGAACGACCCACUGCGCUUCAGGAAGCCUUGUUGAAACGUUUAGGACCAAAUGCUCACGCCUUUUCAAUGUGUAUCACUCAUUUGGCACCACCGAGCGUUCAAUUAGUACCUGCCAAAGAAUACAACGGUGCACCGAUAGGUACAAGUUACGACAUACGAGCUUACAUAGCCGACCGUCCAGAAGAGAAACAAUCCAGACGAAGCACGGUUAGAAUGGGACUUAGAGUUUUGCAAAAAGCAUCUAGAAAAUCCAGUUUCACCGAUAAUAAUUCCGAAAAUUUUUUACAGAACGUUUCGGAAUUACAACCUGAACCUCCGCGCGUUUUGGUUGAAAAACCAUUUUUAUUAAGUGACGGAAAAGUCGAAUUGGAAGCGACAUUAGACAAAGCAUUUUAUUAUCACGGAGAAUCCGUGGGAGUCAACGUUCUAGUGAGAAACAACAGUAGGAAAACCGUAAGACGACUAAAGGUAUUCAUUGUUCAACAUGUCGAUGUUUGUAUGUUUUCAAAUGGUAAAUUUAAAAACGUAGUAGCGUUAGUUAAUAGUAAAGACGAAUGCCCUUUACCGCCUUGGACGUCUCUAAAUCACACGUAUAGCCUUCAACCGACAAAAGGAACGACGAAAAAUUGGAUAGCUUUAGAGGAUUCAUUUAAUAAACCUGCAAACGUAUUAGCAUCCACUGUCACGUGUAAUUCGAAUAGUCCUCAAGAUAGAAACGUUUUCGCCAUAUAUGUUUCGUAUUAUGUCAAAGUGAAAAUAUUUGUUAGUGCUAUGGGUGGGGAAUUAUCAUUAAAACUCCCGUUCACUCUCACUCACGGAAUGGAUGAUAUAGUGGACCCAUUGGUGUUAGAAGCUAAAUUAAACGCGGAAGAUUCAUCGAAUCAAAGGGUUGUUAAAUCAAAUGAUGAUGACGAAAAAAUAAUUAAAAAUGCCGAAGUUGAAUGUCACGAACCUAAUCAAUUGAAAACGAAAAACAAAGUUACUAAUUUAUUAUCCGCUAAAUGUAAAACAAACAAGAGUAAUAAUACAAUGGAGGAUGAAAAUGAAAUAAUUAAAUUAGAAGAAGAAAAACCCAUUUGA